UGAUAGAUCGAGCAUUGAGCAGUUCUUCGUUCUUGGGCAAACUCUGUUCUCUACGUUACCUCCUUCUUUCAUAGCUUCGAGUUUAGUCAUCAUUUAGGGUUAUUGUCUCAAUUUCCUGCCUAUUUUUCUAGUGGUUAGGACUUUUAUUAUUACAAAUUAAGCUAUGAUACAGUGCCUUUUUAGUGAAUUUCUUAGUCUAAGCUCUAUUUAAAUGUCAGAAAUAUGUCUAGGCAUUCGAAAAAUAGCAAUCAUCAUAAACUGGAAUCCAGCCAAACAGUGGAAGUGAAAACUAAGUUUGACGCCGAAUUUCGGCGUUUCUCUCUGCCACGAUCCGUCCCGCCGAAAUACGACGAGUUUCGUUCACUGAUCGAGCGACUCUAUCGGCUUUCCGAUGUGGCAUUCCUCAUCUCCUACACGGAUCCCCGCGACGGCGAUCUGCUUCCCAUCAACAAUGAUGACAACCUGGCAAGAGCCAUUGUUAGCGCCAAACCUCUACUUAGGAUUAUAAUACAGCGCAAAGGUGAAAGCCUUGAAGAACUCAACGGUUAUGGAACCAUUAAACCUCGAAAUCUUAUCUCAACAAUUCUUGGCGGAACACCAGGGAAGUCAAAAGGCCUUUGUAUUUCGAAUCCACACGACUUUCGACAAGUAUCAGCUAUCAUUGAUGUUGAUGUGGUGCCCGAGAUGUGUCGGAGAGUGCGCCUGUUGAAGCACGGAUCUGAAAGACCACUUGGCUUCUACAUCAGAGACGGCACAAGCGUGCGGGUCACACCCGAUGGUUUGGAGAAGGUUCCGGGUAUUUUCAUUUCUCGCCUGGUCCCUGGUGGCCUGGCUGAGUCGACGGGUCUUCUUGCUGUCAACGAUGAAGUUCUCGAAGUCAACGGAAUUGAAGUUGCGGGGAAAACCCUUGAUCAAGUGACUGACAUGAUGGUGGCGAACAGCUGGAACCUGAUAAUCACGGUGAAGCCAGCGAACCAACGGACUGUGGCUCCCCCGCCUAGACGAGGCUCGUUCUCCCGCAAUUCACAGCUAUCAUCGGGAUCGGCUCAGUCAUCGUGUCCGACCACGGCCGGAUCGGAUGACGACGCCUACGAUCGUGACGAGGUGGUCGAUCUCACCGCUAACCUCAACGAUCUACCGACCGCAGUCACGGACAAACAGGGCGACAAUGACGAUGCUAUACUUCACUUGUAACAGUUGACACCAAUGCCGUGACAUUUCUCCAUUUUCAAGUAUCAUCGUCUUCUGUCAAACAACAGUUUCAACAGUAUUCGGAUUGUUUUGUGAUUUAUCGGGUAUCAUAGUCUUCUGAUUGAUUUCUAGAGUGUCAUCCUCCAGUUUCAACAAUAUUCGGUUAUCACAAUCAUGUGUUAUUCCUGCUUACCAUGUGUAGAAACAAGAACUGUUAUGGUAUUGAAGCAUUAUUAUUUGGAGACCAAAUUUCUACGGUGUUUCCGAGGGGAAUGUGAAACAAUGCCAAUUUUAUGUUCUUCAUGGUUGCUAUCCAAAUUGCCAUUGUCUGAAACUAAUCAGUUACGUGGCUUGACAUUAUGUAUAUUUGAAAAUAUACCAAUAAUAUUCCAAUAGGGAAUACCCACUUCGUAAAUGGAUGACUUGGCCAUUAUAUUUUUGUGGUAACUAUUGCAUGAUUUUAUUAAAGCAUCGUGAUAUUCUGUGGCAACUUAGAAUAGGAAGAACUUCUAAAACGUUUAUUAUGAAAAUUCAUUAUAAUUAAUCUUAUAAUAACAAUUGGCUUACUGAGAUUGAUCCAGUACUCUAAGAAAAAUUGAAGAUUAGCAAUAAUAUACUUGCUAUCGUGACGUUAUUUCUAUGAUUACUGAAACUCUAAGAAAUAAGAUGAUUCGUUUCCCCAAAAUGAAUGAACUGUCAUAACUCGUAUUCUCUGGCUUGAACUUGACAUGUGGUAUUUCUUCUUGGAAUGUUCAAUCGAAAUCUAACCUAACUCUGGCAAUCUCAAGCCUUUCAUAGGUUAUUUUAGUAUCGAUUUUUACUGUAGCUGUGACAUUGAAAUUAACUGAGAAAUUUUAAUAUUAAUACAACCAAUUGAAUGGAAACUUAUGGAAAGACAAGCUGUAACUUUGAAAUGCAAUCCAAAAGAGGUUUGAACUCUUUCUGAUUGACGAUCAUUCUGGGUAAAACCUAUUAUUUUAUAAUCGUAAAAUUUCGCAAUCCUUUGUCGACCCUUACCCUCCUGUUAUAAAAACGUCAAGAAGUACUGUAGUAUCACAUCUACAGUAAAAAUUAAAUCAAUGAAUAACCGAAGUUUUACAUCCACAGUAACGAAAAUAUGAAACAUGCGUUAUCUCACGUUGUUUCUUUUGCUCUAAUUUGUUGUAUAUUCCCGGUUUCUAUCACUUCUUUGCAAAGUAAAGAACUUGUUUUCAAUUUACAGAAUGGUGCUCUUUGCUAAUAAUGCGAUAAACUCCAAUAUUCCUAAAUGAAAUCUUAUCAGUCUGACUAAGCGUAGAGUAAGUCUUCCAUUACCUGAUUACUGCAAAUUUGAAAAUGCCACUUGAAUCAGCUCAGAAUAUUACGUGCGUUGACUUUUGAGUUUUAAUUUUCCAUCAGGAUCCAACCUCACGUGGGUUAUUGAUUUCUGAUUGUUAAUAUUGAGUACUGUUUCAUUUAUUGUAUGUUGAUUGCGAAAUAAUAAUUGUUUUCAUGUGAAUUAUGUAGACUUGUAGUAAUAAUAUGAUUAUAUUAGUUACUGAUUGAAUGAUGAUGUAUUAUUGUAUGCUAUCAUGAUAAUAGCUUACUAAUCACGUGAUGUAUCAUCUAAUUGAUGCCGUCCAUCAGUGUCAAAUUCUAUAAAAUAAGGCUUGGACUGCACCAAGUGUAAAUAUUAUGAAUGAAUAAUUGUAGAACUAUUAUUGCUUUAACAUGGAACUUAUGAAAACCGAAUGAAUGAAGGUUCGAAAUAGUUCAGACUUUUUCAAUUAUCUGCAUUUAACUAUGCUACUAAGAGUAAAAUCAAUAUAACAAAUCUCUAAAUUUAAUUCCCCCCAGUCAUUUUGCGCUACUUUGUUGUUGACAGGACUUGAUCAAAAUGUAAAAACUGGCUAUCAUACUGGUUGAACAGUCUAAACAAACGCGUUAACUAGCUUUCAAUUGCUUUGCUUAUAUUCACUCCUCAACUUCCAACCCAAUUAGUAUUCCAUCACAUAGUUUAUUGUAGAACAAUCACAAUACCUGAUUAGGUGAAAACAUUUCAAUAUCUUCUCCUAUCUUAGUUGUCAUCUCCCAAAUGUAGGUUUAUCAAUCACUUGUGGCUUACUCGUUAUUAUCCAACUAUUUGUCAACUGUAAAACAAUAUUCCUACUAUAAAUAGAGAUGUUGAAGAAUUCCUCCAUAUUAGGGUGAAAUGAAAGAGAUGAUGUCAGCUCCAAAUAGUUCCAAAUUAUGUGAAACUGACAACAUCUUUUUCAUUUCAACUUGAAAGUAAUAAGCUGAUGAUUUUCAGCCUGAUUUCGGUUUCCUCAGAGAUGUAUGAUCAAUACAUUUCUUGUAACAAAUAUAAUCAGAAGAUAUUGGUAUAAUAUUAUCAAAUUCAAUCAAACUAACUCCUCGGUUUUUGUUCGAUUGAUGCAGUAUGCGAUUUAUGAUAGAUGUGGUGCGUUAUUAGGCCUAUAUAUAAUUGUUUCCGGCCAUGUGAUAAUCAGCCUUAAUCAUUACGGUUGCCUUGUAGACAAUAAUAAUUCCUAUCAAAAUGAGGUAAUUCAACUGAACUCGGACAAUAACUAAUAUUUUCAACUAGAAUAUUUUAAUGCUAUGCAAACCAAAUCGAAUUAAUUCGAUACAAUUGAAGGGACGUCCUAGACUUGAUAUUGUGUUUCUGCAGCUGGAAAGCAUGCUUUAUUCCCAUAAUGAUAGCUGCUCCAGUGAUACCAACUGUUUUUAAACAAUUUCAAAGUGAAUCAGUAAUUGGUCUGUGAUUCGACUCACCCAUUGUAUCAGAGACCCUAAUUCACUUUACGUCGAACGUAAUUUAUAACCGAAAGCAAUAAGUAGGAAAAAUUUAGAAUUUUUCACUUGUAAGAGUUCAUACGUAUUAACAAAAUAAAUUAUAACAUAAUGGUUUGUAUCGAGCAUUAUUAAUACUUUAUCAAAUAAUUCAAGCAAUAACUUACAAGUGGAUUACAAACUACUGUAUUAGUAUGCCUUUUUAUCUUCUAUUGGCAAUUUACUAAUAAUAUUUCAGAUUCAGAAUUAGGAUAUAUUGAUAUGGAUAUCAUACUAAAAUAGGAUAUUCAUACUAAAAGCAAAAUAUUGUGAAUGAAUUACCAAAAACUGAUCUAAAAGGAUUUGAAAUUGUGAGCAGAUAGUAGUUCUAGUACUCUAUUUUUAUAAAUGGUUUGUAAAAUAGAACGAUAUAUACAGUGGUAAAUUUCAUACUGAUAUGUUAUAAAAACUAGCUAAUAAAUGUGUGUAGAGUCUAUAACUCAAUAAUAAACUUUUGAUCGAAGGUUUAAUUGAAAAUUUCAAAUCAAUUUAUUCUGAAAAUCAUACUUCAAGAAAAAACAUAGGUAUGAACAUUAGCUUGCAUUUCACAAUAAUUUCUUUUCAAAAUUUAAUUGCACACUUUGUAGAACUAAAUACUGAAUGUUAAUAAAUUUUUCACCAUGACAAACUAUUGUAUUUCGGUGUAUCAAACAAUAGUUGUUUCAUGAACCUCUUGAAGUUUUUAUUACAAGUUGAAAUGUUAUUCUGGCACUGAUUUAUUAAAAAUUGUAGACGACGUUUAACAUUAUGGUGUUGAACUUUCAUGUUUGCGGCAGAAAAUUGAAAACAUUUCUUGUACUCAUUGAUGUGUCAUGAAGUAGUAUUUGUAGAUACAAGUUGUUCACUAAAUAAUUAUACUUUAUACUUCGUGUUGUCUAUAAACCCCUCUUAGAUGUACACCUAUAUUAUGAUAAUAUUGCAACCUAUCUCUUUUAUUUUCUGGAAAAAUCUUAUUUGUGCAUAAUAAGUUGCUCUUGAUACUUUGCGAGAAACUUCCAAGUUUUUUAGAUCACUGCAAUAGAGUGUCACAUUUACCUCAGUUUUCUCUAAACCACAAGUUAUUUGUGAGUGUUUUGUCGUAUUUGAAGUAUUUUUGAAAUUUUCGAUCAGUAUUAAGUAUUCGUGCUAAACGUUUCACAGAAUUGUAUCUGUUUUGACCUCAUCUGGUUUACACAAUCGUUUGAUCGUUUAUAACUUCAUAAUGUGCCAAUUUUACCAAUAUAUUUUCUGUUUAAAACGAAAUGCAGGAAGUUAAUUAUUGUUUCACACUAAUAAUAUUUCGAAAAGUGUUCUUUGUACAAUAGUGUUCUUUGUGUAGUGCUUUCACAAUAAACCAGUUAAGAAUAGUAACAACACCACACUAUUUAGUUUAAUUUUAUCGGAUUAUAUUAAACGUUUUUCAAUUAUUCUCACAGUAAGUUUAUUGAAUAAUGUUAUUGUUGAAUAUUAAGGUUAUGUUUGAAUUACAUGUAUUAAUUGUUUAAAAGUUUACUGCUGUUUGAUUUUCAGUAUUGAUUGUUCUGUUAGCUGGUUUUAAAGACUUUUAUCAUAGUUUGAUUAUCUAUUGUAUUGCAUUAUGAUGUAUGAUCAGGAAUUGAUUCAUAUAUUCAAUUGUGCCUCUGGUAAGCUUCAUGGGAAGCUUGAACAAUUGAAGAUUAGCCGUCUAUUUAUUAGCUGAUCUAUCAGUUGAUAGGAAAGAUUGAAAUUUUGUUAAUGCUCAGACCAAAUAUUCUAACUUAAUUUAUCUGGAAUCGUGCUAACCACACAGAAGACAGAUAGUAUUGAUUCAGCGUAUAUCUUGGAAAUGUUCACAUUCAGUAAUUUAAUCAAUGAAAAAUUCGUAUUUCCUUUGCUGCUCUUAAUUUUCUUUGAGUAUGAGUUGCAGCUAGAACGUAGCAAUGGAUAAAAUUUUGACUAAAUACAUUCAGAUGCAUGAAAUCUAAUAUCAGCCUCCGCUGACUUUUUACAUGCAUUAUAAAUUUAUUCGGCUAAUAUGUAUUGAAUUUCUCAAGUAUUGUACAAAUUUGUUGGCAUGAAAUUAGCAAUUCGUGAUAUUCUAAAAGGUUUUCUAUUCGACAGUUAUAAGUUGCAGUUAUAGUAAUGUAGAAUAGUCUAUUCCUUUUUGAGAUAUUUCUUUUACUAUUUGUAUAUAUAGUUUAUUGUAUUGUAAAUAGUUCAUAGACACAUAAACAUUCCGAUUGAUAUUUGUAACCUUAAUCUUUAUAAAUUUUAUUCCAAUUGUUAAAAUUAUUGUAACUUAGAAUCUUUCAUUCUUGGAAGACAUUUAAAUUUUUCUCUAACUAUUAAUUAUCAUCAGUCGAACUUAUUUGUUGACAACAUAGAAAAAUUCGUAAAAAUAUUAUUAUUGGUCUCUGUGGUUGAUGAAAAAAUCACAAACUGCUAUUAUCGUUACUAGCUGAAAGUAUAUAAAGAGAGACUCACUAUUUCUCUCCAUUUUUACUGAAAAUGUUCUUGAGAAAUUAAUUAUGUUUGUAAAAAUCAAAGAUAAUUCUAUUGAGCAUUUCUCUUCAAGAUGUAUGUGAAUUAAUUGUAGACUGUAUUCAGCUCAAGAAAGGUUCCAUAACUGUCAAACUUUUACUGCACCCCAGUAAAACAUUGGAAUUUAAUUUAUAUCAGUUUUUAUUAGAAACUGAAUGAUGUAGCACAUGGAAAAUAAAUAGCAGGUUGAAAGAAUAUGAUACAUUUGAAAAAUUGUCAAUUUUCAAUGACAACCAUACAUAGAACAUUUUUAAAUUUUGAAUAAUCCUAUUAUUGAAGGCAUUAAUUAACCAAAUCAUUAUUUAAAUUUGCCUCCCUUCUUAAUCUCCAGUAGUUUUUUUUUUCAAUUUUCAGUCGUUUUCUUUCAGACCAUGAUUCCCACUUGGGCUCCUCAGGAGAAGCUCCAAUAUUUGAUUAAAUAAUUAAAAAAUGGAUAAUAAAGCACCAAUAAUCCUGAAUUAUUAAAUAAAUAAAUAUCCAGUAUAUUUUUCAAACCUGGUCCAUCCUCAACAUCGGUCAUUAAUAUAUUAAUCUCUUCAAUAUCCUUCUUAACCUUGCAAUAUAAAUUUAUUCUUCACUGUUUAUAUUAUUAAAAACUUUCUAUUCGGAUCCUAUUAAACCUUCAAUUUAUCUAAUUCUUGAAAUUUUUCAGCCUGUGAGUAAAUUGCAUUGUGCUAUUGGAAAUAAUAGGGUAAGAACGUUCCACUAUCCUGAAGUACACUGUAAUAUCGUACAAUUUAUGAUUUCGAGUGUUUUCGAGUACUGUACAUUUCUAUUAUAUAUAUUUUUUUAAUUUUGUAGUCAUCUAAGAUUAAUGUAAUGCCACUAUUUUUGCUUUCUUGUCUUUUUCGAAAUAUUGAAUGUAAAUAGAGUAGUACUGUCAUGAAAAACUGUUGCAUUCUCAUUAUGGUUCAAAGAUGAAUUAUUCUUUAUUCUCAUCUUCAAUCAAUGCAGCGAAAAUUGCCUUUGAUAUGUUUCCAUUUUAUCGCAACAUAAAAUUUAAUAUACAAAUAUUAUAGAAAAUGGUGAAAAAAGGUUGUAGAUGAUUCACUAUGAAUUUCCAACAUUCCUAUCUAUCUAUAGAGGAACCAAAUUUUUCAGAAACUUCCAGAAUGAGAAUAAUGGAUUUCAAUAAUUAUUUUUUGCGUUUUGUGGAUAUAGAAGCUUUUUUUCACUGUUUAACUCGUAAUAUUGGUUCAUUUGAAUCUAAACCUCAAAAACACAAAGCUACUUAUCGUAUUUCCAUGAAGCACUAAUUUUUUCAACCUUUAAAUUUUUUUAACUCAUGAUUAAAUUCAACAUAAUGUAGCUUAGUGUACCUACAUUAAUCAAUACAAGACUCUAUGUUUGAUUUUCCAGUACUUUAUAUUUGAUUACUUUAUCAAAGCAUAGAGUUGAGCAGUUUAUUUGUUUUCAUUAUUUAUAAUAAGUAUUCUUUUACAUUCAAUGUGAUGUCAACUUCAUAAUUAUUAUAUACUCUUAACUUUAUAUCUUUAUGUGAUAUGUUACUCAUUCCACUUUUAUUAUAUUUUAUCUAUAAUAUUUUGUUAAAUAUUGUCAAUAUAACUCAUAGAUAUUAUACUACAGUUGAGAUUUUGAUAUGGGAAUUGUACUUGAAACUUCUAUUAUUUUAAAAUAUUAUGUUCGUAGUGUACUGGCUAAAGUAUUCAUAAUGUCCAUCAUCUUGACAAUUAAUAAUAACUACAUUGAUUGCAUUAUUGAAAUUUAAAAUUUUUGCAAUUUUCUUCUUAAAAAUUUGCACCGUUGCAUGAAGCUAAUUUGUUUGAAGAAGUGUUAUUCACUGGAAAUAUAAGCAUAAAAGUUGUCAGUAUUAUUGAUUUAGAAAUAUAUUUAUUGUUUUAAACUUGAAAAAUGUUUGAUAAAUUAAUGUGAGGAAGCUCAAGGAUGAUUCCUUGAUAGAAUACAGUAUUGUAUUACAUUACAGUUCAAAAUAAAAUGAAAAUUGAUUGAAAUUAAAAUACAUAAAUUACUGAUUAUAAUAUAUUAAGAAAAUGCAACUAUUUUUUUUAUAGGUUCCCGCGUUAAUUCCCAGUUGCCUAAACAAAUAUUUAGUGACAUUUAUUUCUUAUAUAAAUUUCUAAUUCAGUGUUGAGUGAUUAUUAGAUAGUCUCUUUCAACCCUCGAUUGGGUAAACUGGGGUUUAAAUGCUGAUAUUUGAAAAAACAUUUCCUGGCUUGGGGAACAGUUGCAUGUUAAAAAAUUGAAAACCUCCAACCCUCUCCACAGCACUUUAAAUUCCAAACUAUUAAUCCACUAAGCAAAUAAUCUUAGAUGUUCGUCUUUAUUGGGUAGUCCAAUAUGAUUGUUAAAAUUGUUAUGAUUGUUAGUUCCCCUUGACCGCACGUAAUCAUAAUUUCUCCAAUGUCAAGUAUUGUAGGUACCUAAAACUUAUGUAGAGAUUUUUUUAAUUUGACCUGCACCAAUUUUUACUGCACCCAAUAAUUAUUUCUCCAAUUUCAAGUAUUAUACCUAAAACUUAAAACUUAGAGAUUUUUUUUAAUUUGUUCACUUUACAUCCAAUU